CAGUGUGGCCCACAACAGCCCGUCGUCACGUGUCGUCAUGGGGCCGGACAACCAGACACCCUCCUGGCUUCGGUCGCAUCGCUCCGUCAUCCGCGAGUUGCUGUCUCGAUUGUUCAUCACCGUCGCCGUCGCUCCUGCUGCUCUGCUCCAAAGCCAUCAAGCCCAUCCACCAUGUCCCUGUCCCAGCAGGAUCAAGCCAUCAUUCGCGCGCUGCAAGCCAUCUCUGAUCCAGACGCAGAGCCCUAUCGCCCCGGAGAGGAUGGCGACGCCGACAGCGAGAGCGAGAACACGGGCCCUUCCGAUGAGUCCGCUGCGUCGGCUCUCUCGGCAGCUCUACCUCCAGAUAUGGCUCGGAUCGUUCAAAGCAACGACCGUCGACAGGCACUCGGUGUUGGUGGCUCGUUCACUGGACCAAAAGGCGUGGUCGCCGACCACCGAUUCUUCCAGGCGCAGGAGCGCUCGCGUCGACUCGAGGAGCGACAGAGACUGGAGCAGAAAAUUGCCGGCGGUAGUCUGUCCUCUGGCUGGCUCCAAAGACAAAUCGCAAGCGAGUCCGGAGUUGCAGCCAUAGGCGAAACCCAACUGGAUGAAAAUGACCGCCGUGAAGACGAUCGCGAGCUGGACGAGUUACUGGAGGAUUUCGAAGACGACCCCUACGUCCAGCAGUAUCGAUCCAAGAGACUGGUCGAAAUGAAGCUGCUCUCGACCAAGACGCGCUACGGCUCCGUUCGCGAGAUUCAAACCGACGAUGAAUUCGUUGCGCAAGUCGAGCAGAGCGAGCCCGACACCGUCGUUGUGAUUCAUCUCUAUCAAGCAGCGAACACGGCGUGUCGUCUUGUCAAUGGGCUGCUCGACGAGCUUGCCAAGAAAUAUCCAUAUGCAAAGUUCAUGAGGAUGGUCUCGACCGUGGCGCAGACCCAUUUUGAUGAGAUCACCCUGCCGAUUCUGCUUGGGUACCGAGGAGGCAGCUUGAUCAAGUCGCUCGUCCGUGUCACAGACGAAUUUCCUUCAUGGAAUCGAACCAACAGACUCGAUCCCGAGGAGUUUGAGGAGCUGAUGAUCCAGAGCUUUGGGGUGGACCAGAUAUACAACAUGCAUGAGUGAAACGGAUGCGGCGAUUG